AUGGAAAAUCUCAAUGAUUCUGGAGUAAGUUUUUGUAGUAAAGACUAUAUAGAAUAGUUUAUAUGUUUCAGUUUGAUGGCCGAAGCUCACCGCCGAUGACAAACAAUCGACCAAAACGACAAGCAGUUGAGAGUGUUGCAGAACUUGAUGAACUUCUUAGAUCGAAUUUGAGCCUUACUAAACGACGCCCCGAAGAUACUUUCGAUGACACUACGAGUCCUGUAUCUUCAAAAAAUCCAGAUCGCCCGAAAAGCAGAAGGUAUUUAACUAAUUUCUGCUCAUUUUUUCUUAUUUUUCUUUUUUUUCAGAUCGAACUCGUAUGACAAUUCACCAAGUCAAUUGUUGGAACAAAGAAGAUCUUUGAGAGUAAGCGAAUUUCUCAUAUGUCAGCGGAGAAAAUUAAAUUAAUAUUUAGGUGUGUGGAAAUAAUUUGAAGAAUAUUCGCCACAUUUCUGCAUUAUCAACUGACUCGAUUUCUCCAAGAUCUAUUCAACAAAUGUGUUCACCAAGAAGAAAAUUCCCAAUGUAAUUCUAGUUUUUCUACUAAAAUUCUGUUUGUUUUUGUUUUUCAGAGAAUCAUCAAAUCCUUAUACAAAACAUCGUCUUGGUCAAACAUUUUCCCCAAUGCUCACAGGUGCCAAAAAGCGCACUUCAAUUCUCAAAGGAACCCAACUUCCAUCAAAAUCAACACCAUCUCCAUCUUAUGACACAUCUCCUAUCAAAAGUUUGAGAAAUGUUGGCGAAUUGAGAACUCGAUCAACACUGGUUAGUUUAUUUUUUUUUUGGAAGUUGAACGUCGUGAUUAUUCAUUUUAGAUGAGUCGUCUUCAAAAUUCACAACUUGAAUAA